GAGCAUUCAUAAGAAAUCAGUUAUAAUAGAAAGCUAAAACAAAGAAACAGUUCACUUACAGGCAAAAGAUGCCAGUGAUCAAUAUUGAAGACUUGACAGAAAAAGACAAAUUGAAGAUGGAAGUUGACCAGCUCAAGAAAGAAGUGACCCUGGAAAGAAUGCUGGUCUCCAAAUGUUGUGAAGAAGUAAGGGAUUAUGUGGAAGAAAGAUCUGGAGAAGAUCCACUAGUAAAGGGUAUCCCAGAGGACAAAAAUCCCUUCAAAGAGCUCAAAGGAGGCUGUGUGAUUUCAUAAGAAAAAAAAAUGCCAUGGAAUAGCUUGAGCUUUAAUGACAGUACUAAUUUUUGGUCAUCUAUUACAAUACUAUUAAGCAUGUACGUAACCUUUUAAUUUAUAAAUAUAAACUUUUAAUAAAAGUUGGGAUGUGAUAAUG